AUGGAAACCCUCACGUCAAGGCCCAUGCUGGCGACUGGACUGGCAUGUGUAGCCGCCGCCCUGAUCAUCCGGCCCCUCCUCCUCCGCCGGCCCCCUCAAGCCAGGACUGACAUCAUCCCCUCGCCCCGGCAGACCCUCCUCCGGACCCUCUCCCCCUCCCAGCUCGCCUCUCUCCCUUAUCCACCCAAUGUCCUCCCAGGAAGCCGCGCCAUGAAGACCCCCUACGGCACCAUCCACGUCUUCGAGUUCGGCCCCUGCCAGGGCGAGCGCGUGCUGCUGCUGGCCGGCAUGUCGACACCCUGCAUCGCCCUGUCGAGCCUCGCGGAGAGUCUCGCCGCCCAGGGCUGCCGCGUGAUGCUGUUCGACUACUUUGGGCGCGGGUGGAGCGACACGCCUGACCCGGCCGAGGUCGACCACGACGAGAGGCUGUACGUCAGCCAGAUGCUGGACAGAAGGGACGGCGGCGGCGGCGGCGGCGGCGGGCUGGGCGGGUUUCACCUCAUCGGGUACUCGUUCGGCGGUGGCCUGGCGGCUGAGUUUGCGAGCUGGUUCCCGCACGCUGUGCGGUCGGUGACAUUGAUCGCGCCGGGCGGGCUGAUGAGGGCGAGCGGGAACAGCUGGCGGACGCGGGUGCUGUACUCUCGAGGCUGGCUGCCGGAGUGGACGCUGCAGUAUUUCGUCAGGAGACAGUUUGAGCCUGCCAAGGAGGACAAGACCCAGGCUGGUGGCCACUUCGAUCACGCCUCGCUCGUAUCCAGCCGUCCAGAUAUCACGGUGGGGUCGGUCGUGGCGUGGCAGCUUGGCCAUCAUGUGGGCUUCAUACCAGCCGUGAUGAGCGCAUUUCGCUAUGGACCCAUCCACGAGCGGUACGAGGAGUGGGCGCGGCUGAGGACACGGCUCGCGGAAAGACGGCAGGAUAGCAGCCUGCCUGGCCUGUUCGCCGGCAAGAUGCUUCUGGUCCUGGGCUCGUCGGACCCGAUUGUCACGGAAGAGCAGAUCGUGCCUGACAUGAGGAAGAUCUUGGGAGACGAUGAUGCUGUAGAGGUGCUUGUGUUGGAUGGUGGCCAUGAGGUGGCUUUUGUGAAGGGAUCAGAGAUCGCGGAUGCUGCUAUCAGGUUCUGGACAGAGAUCUCAGACUGA